AUGGGAAAGAAGAGGAAAGUUGUAGACAAUGCUGGUGGUCCUUCACGGGAGUAUAAUGUGUGGGAUUCCAAACACGACGAGCCUUUUCUGCAAUGUUUAUUGGAACUAACUGAGAAAGGGCAGAUUAGUGACGACACAUGCAAGAAUGGUGCAUACAAGGAACUAGAACGUAUGAUGGAAGCCAAAGUGCCUGGUUGUGGAGUGAAGUCGAAACCCACGAUUCUGAAUAAGUUCAAGAAGUGGAAACAGAAGUAUCAUGCCACCGUUGAGAUGCGUUUGGUAAGCGGGUGGGGUUGGGACCCUAUACGCUGCCAUAUAUUGGCUGAUGACAAGUCCUUUGAUGACUAUGUGAAGGUCCAUACACACUGCAAGGGAAUGAACAAAAAACCAUUUCCACAAGUUUGGGCACUCGAGCCAGUGUUUGCCAAAGUUCGUGCUAAUGGUGAAACUGGGUUCACCGGAAAUGAUGGAAACUCGUCCUAUACUAGCGCUGAAGGUGAAGAGCCGCAACCAGAAUGCUUUGAGAAGUCUGUCCCUUUUCAUGUCGAGGACUUUAACAAUGACACUACAGAGGAAGUAAUGGCGGAUAUAAUAAAUGAAGGGGUUGAAGCUCGUAACUGCAGCAAGAGGAAGCACUCAUCAAAGCCUAAUUCAACAAAAAAGAAGAAGAAAGGGCAAGCCGAUGAUAGUACCUCUGAAGUUGCAGCUGAGAUGAGAGAGAUGAGGCCACUCAUAGACCUAUCAGCUGAGACGAUUGCUCGUGCUUUGGGUGAGAGCGAGUUGCAGAACAGUAUGCGACUCGAUUUGAUGAAGAAUUUAGAGAAGCUAGAGGGUCUUACCAGGUCUCAAAUGGUACUUGCUUGCAGAAGGCUUAACAACAGUCUGGGAGACUUGAAGACCUUCUAUAAUAUGGAAACAGAGGAGGACAAGAUGACCCUUGUGCUUGAUAUUCUGUCUAUGUGAAGAUGUGGUUUGCUUGUCUUAGGAUUAGUGAUGUCUUUGUCCAGUUUGCAAAGAGUCUUUUGCCUAUGUAUCUGUCAUUAUAAAGCACUUGUAAUGACAGUCUUUGAAAACCUAUGACAAGCAUCUAUUUUGUAAAGUGCUAGAUGGUUUAGAAAACAGAAACUUAUGGUAGAUAUGGUGUAAAUGGAAUGGAAAUGCAUAUAUUUAUAUAAAUUGCAGCUUGUGUUUUUCUUUUUAGGGAUUGUUGCUUUACUGUGUUGGCAUACGUAUGAAUCUUUCUAGGACUGUAGCCCCCAGUUUGGCUCACUGUAAAUGAAUGAUGAAUGGAGGUAGAAACAAAAUAUUGAGGAGAAGAUGGAGAAACAGAAGCCAGAACACACUUUUGUUUGGAACUCUCGAUGAACAAGUGUAGGAAGGGAUCAAUUGUGUGCUUUAAUUUUUUUACAUCUUUACAAAGGGUAGUUUGGUAUUUUCUAAGUUUGUGUACCAAAUAGCACAUCACAAAAUAACACAUCUCUAAUCCUUUCCAAACAUGAUAUUUGGAACAAAUAUCAUAUACCAAAUAACAAGUAUUUGGCUAUGUAGUAUUUGGU